UCCUUUCUCUGUUGGACUCUGAGCUUUGAGCUCCCUCACCCUUCGAAGCCCAGAGGACAGCCUCGCCUCCUGCACGCUUGUGUAGCGUGCACUUUUAGACUUAGCUCCAGGAUCUAGCAGGGCGGACACUUGUCUCUAUUUCGGAGUCACGUGCCCUUCAACCCGGUCUCUAUAGCAACCGCUUGACAGUGGUCCGUCGGCCUCAAUCACCCCGGAAAGGGCGGAAACCCGGCCCGGAGGUUCCGGGAAAUGUAAUCUGGGAGUGGAGGGGCGUCCUCGAAGAGCAGCCUAAGGGGAGCAUCUUUGAGGAAGAGACCCUCGUUUUGUUUUUCUUAACUUGCACAAGCCCAAAUGGCCGUGGAAUCUAGAGAGGCCGUGGCCCUGGAUCCCCAGAAUCCAACAGUGAAAGAGAGACUUCAGGUAGUAAACAUGGAGGAAGAAGAGGAUUACCUGUGGGGGGAGAAAGGAAGCCAGAAGAGGAACAGCCCUUCCACCCAGGAGAUCUUCCGGCUGCGGUUCAGGCAGUUUGGUUAUUAUGACACACCUGGACCUCGGGAGGCUCUGAACAAACUCUGGGAACUUUGCCAUCAGUGGCUAAGACCAGAGAUCCACACGAAGGAGCAGAUUCUAGAGUUGCUGGUCCUGGAACAGUUCCUGACCAUUUUGCCAGAAGACCUGCAGACCUGGGUAAGAGAUCAGCAUCCUGAGAGUGGAGAGGAGGUGGUAACCGUGCUGGAAGAUUUGGAGAGAGAACUUCUUGAACCGGGACAACAGGUUUCAUCAAGUACACAGAGAGGGGCCUGGGAGAAGAUGGCACCCUUGAGAACAGCACAGGAUGCAUCCAGUGCCCAGCUUCAGCCUAUGAACACCCGGAUCAAGUGUGGGUCUCCAGAGCCCCAGUUCCUCCAAGAAAGAGAUUUUGAGACUAGUACCAAAUGGUCCUUCCCAAAGCAGGAACUUUCUGAAGAAGUAGAGUCACAGGAGAGGAUAUCUGGAAGAUUCCCAAUGGAGAUUUCCAAGGCAGCCAAGAUUAGAGAAGCCUACGAAUGUGAAGGCACUUUAGAUGAGCAGCAAGGAAGCAAAAUGGAGAAAAUAGAUGGAUCCCUUUCCCAGGAUGGAAUUCUGCUAGUGACUAUCCCUUCUGAAAAAACUCCCUUAGGAGAGAAUGGUGAUGGAAAUGAUGAGAGUCUGAGCACUUGCCAUUUGAGCUCAGACCUGGUUAUACAACAAAGAGGAGAUAAACCCCAUAUACCUGCUGCAAACAACCAGAACUCUAGCCAGAAUUCAUCUUCUGGUGUACAUCAAAGAGAUCAGACUGUUAAGAAACCUUUUGAAUGUAACGAAUGUGAGAAAACCUUCAAGCAGAACUCAGAACUUCGAAAACAUCAGAAAUGUCAUAUGGGAGUGAAGCCUCACAAAUGUACUCAGUGUGGGAAAGCAUUUGGUCGUGGUUCUGAUCUUAGGAAGCAUCAAAGAAUUCAUACAGGAGAGAAGCCCUAUUCAUGUAGUGAAUGUGGGAAAGCCUUCAGGGGGAGCUCAGACCUUAUUCAGCACCAGAGAAUUCAUACUGGAGACAAACCCUAUCAUUGUAGAGAAUGUGGGAAAGCCUUCAAUCAGACCUCUUCCCUUAUUCAACACCAGAGAAUUCAUACUGGAGAGAAACCUUAUGAGUGCAAUGAAUGUGGGAGAGCUUUCAAUCAAAGCUCAGCUCUUACUCAACAUCAGAGAAUUCAUACUGGAGAGAAGCCCUAUUCCUGUAAAGAAUGUGGGAAACCCUUCAGGCAUUGGUCUGGCCUUAUGACACAUCGAAGAGUACACACCAAACUUUGACCCUCUGCAUAUUUUGAAUAUGACAGAUCUUCAGAUGACUUGUAACUUUUGUUAAGUCUCAGAAAAAUAUACUGGGAUCAUAACCCCAUAAAAUAAUUAUGAGCUCCUCAAGGGCAGGAUCUAUGUUUGUCUUACUGUGUUUGGUCCUUGCCUGAGUGUCAUGUGCCUAUGAGAAAUAAGGUUUAUUUUGUGAUAGAUUAAUCUAAGUAAUGAAUGAGGGAAACAUUAAUUAUUUACCUCCUCCCUUUUUAGGAAACUCAAGGAAUGUGAAAUAAAUGGGACUGUAAAAUCUUGAGUUGGAGUUUUGUUACUCCAAGAAACUAUGAAUUGGCUACAUCAAAUUCACUUUGCCCCUUUAGCCACUGUCAUGGAAUUCCUAUAUUUGUUGUCUUUGUCACUGACAUCAGGAUGACACGGAUAUAUUGUCAGUGACUCUUCUUCUGGGUGUGAUCAUCUCCUACCUCCUCCCCUACUUCCAGUGGCAUCUGCUUCUGAGGAACAGAACAACAUGAGGAGACUGAGUCCAAUAUUUUUUUCCCACGAGAAUUAAUGUGGAUAGUCUCCAUGUCCCCGAAGAGGUCUGACAGUGAGGAGGGGCUAUGAGUAUGCCAAGAAAGUAAGGAAAUAGACACUCAUUUAGUUUCUUAUUAUUUGGCAUGUAAGGUAUUUACUAUUACUUUUGUAAAUAGUUAUCUUCUAAGAGGGGAGGGUAUAUGAUUUUUGCUAUUUCACAGGUGAAACUGAUAUCCCAAGAAAAGAAGGGUUGUACUGAAGGGGAUUAGGAUAGGUUUGGGUGCCCAGAGCCCCCUCCUCAUGCUGUACAGUUUAGGCGGGUAAGUCUCUGAGCUUUUUAAGAGGGUCCAAACAAAAAUUGGAGAACUGUAGAGUGACAACUAUAGGAUUUCACAAAGAUUUUUAUUCUGAUUCAAGAAGAGGGGAAAGGGACUUGAGCAAGAUAGAAAGGAUGUUCAAUAUCAUAAGUAGUUUUGAUCUCAGUUAUUGACACCAACCUCACCCUUUCCUUUGGUCAGAAGUUAUCUUGAAUUUUGACCAAACUCAGGCCUUGGGGUCCUUAUCCUGAGGAGCACACCCUUCUGUCUUCCCAACCCAAUGGGACAUCUCACUUCUUUACUGCUUUCUUCAGGAAGCAGGUGGUUGAGAUAGCUUGUUUCUUCUUCUGAAAAGCCAUGAUUUGGAAGAGGAGUCACUGGCUCAAUUCCUGGAGUGGGUAUGUAGUCUAAAGAUACACUGGGCCCUUCUGGUCCCUGAGAAGGCAGAGAAGAUGCUGUCUAGCUUCUCUGCCCCUGGAAGUCCCAUUUUUUCCUUAUUGCUUGAGUGGGUUUGGCUUGAAUGACUUCACUUUUCUCCUGUAGACUUUUCCAACUACAAUGUUGGAAAGGGAUUUUACUUUGUACAUCUUCUUUGAUUAGUCAGUGCCCUAAAAGCUAUUGCUCCUGAGGAAAGGAGUGUGGGUAUGUUGUAUACAUGUACGUAUUGUAAGCACAUGUGUAUUUUUGCUGGCCAUUCAAUAUUUUUGUUUUUCUUUGCACUGCCUACCAUAAAAGCUUACUCUUAUUCCUGCAUUGGAAUAAUAAUAAGAAGAAGAGAUCUUAUUUUUAUUGUUUGUUUUUUUGUUUUUUGUUUUUUUGGUGGGGCAAUGCGGGUUAAGUGACUUGCCCAAGGUCACACAGCUAGUAAGUGUCAAGUGUCUGAGGUCAGAUUUGAACUCAGGUCCUCCUGAUUCCAAGGCCAGUGCUUUAUCCACUGCACCACCUAGCUGCCCCGAGAUCUCAUUUUUAAAAAUAUGAGUUGUCUCCCAGCAUCAGAAUCUUUUGCCAUUGUUCAAUCCUGCCUGCUGCAUGUUGGUAAAGUUAGGAGGAUAUGGCCCUGAGAAUUGGGAGAUAGGUGCUUUGGGAACCACACCAGUGGUGUUCAGCUUGGGCAUGCUACUUAGCUCAGUGAUGAAUGGACAUUGUGUUUGCAGUGGCAGCUAAAAAGUUCUGGACUUGAGUUUGGGGAGUGGACAUGAGAAAAGCAUCCCUCCAUGAACAUCAUAGUGACUGUGAUGGAAUGGUCAGCAGUUUCUGGAUUUAGAAAUGUUUCUUUUUGGAUCAAUUAGUCCACGUCAUCAAUACCUGUCCAGGAUGUGAAAAUAUCAAGUAAAGGACCAAAGGAAGAAGACUAAAUUGUAAAAGGGUUACGGCCAAAUCCUGAGUUGCUAUGGAAUCAGAGCCACCAUAGUGUUUUUGCUCGGGAGGGGAGUUGGUGGCAGUUGGAGUCGACAGAACUGAGGUUGGGGGUUUAGGGAAGGAUGGUAGCUGUCCUAUCCUUAGCUCUAUUAAUCUAGCUCUUGGCUGUAAAAUGUUAUGAAGUAUCUUUUAGAUACUGGGUCAACCAGGCCUUCUCCCAAGGUUUGUGAUUUUCCGUGAUGAGAACAGGUGAGACAUGAGAUAACUCAGAGAUUGAGAGCUAUAAGGAACCCAUAAAUCUUAGAGAAGUCAUAGAAUCACUGAGCCUAAGAGUUUGGCACCUCAGAAAUCAGUCCCACCCAAUACUUGCUUGAGAAUUGUCAAUAUAAUAUCCAUGACAACCCUCUGAAGCCCUAUGAGAGAAAACCCAUUCAUUACCUUCUGACACAACCCCUUCUACUUUUAUGCAUCCCUAAUGUUAGGAAGUUUUUACAGAUAUCAGAUGUAAAUUUGUCUGCAGAUUCUGCCCCUGGGGCCCCGCUGAUUAAAUCUAAUCUUUCUUCCACAUGACAGGCUUUCAGAUGCCCAAAGACACUUAUCAUGUUACUUCAGCAGAUCCUCAUGGGUGUUUUCUCCAGUCUUGUGUCUUGGGUGCCCUCUUCUGGACAGGCCACAUCUUGUCUACUGUGUCUCCUUGCCUCAGUAGAGGCAAUGAACAAGCUCAGGCUGGCAAGAUUCCAUUCUUUAUUCUUGAUAACAAAGUCAUGCUGGCUUUUAGUAAUCUCUGUUUCUUGUUAUCAGUGCUUGUGAACUAUCUCUUUAAUAGUGUUUUAGGAUAUUGUUCGAAAAAAAAAGUCAAGCUCUCUGUCCUGUUUUUGCAGACUCCAAUCUCAUUGCUUUUUGAAAAUUGGGAACAUUUACUCUUGUCUCAUGACACUCAUUUACAACUUUACAAAUAAGUUGUGGAACUGGAGGAGUAUGGAGCUCAGGUAAUUAAAAAAUCAUUGUCAUGGAAAUGUAGGAUAAAGUUGUGGCUAAUGGAUUAAAGUUUGGUAGGUUGAAAUGUUUCAUGAUACAGUGAAGUUCAGCAGAGAAGGGUGUGGGUAGAUAGCAUUCAGUCAGGGCUAGAGUUACAUGGGGGAUGACUCCCUUACCCCCUCCAUCUUGAGCCACAUUAGGGUAGCAUGCUGCUUGGUGGCACAGACAAACAGAGGGAUUUGGGCUCUGCUUAAAGACAUGGCACCUAGAGGGCCUUGGGUUUACAUGGGGUUUUCAGACAGAGUAUUUGCUUUGGCAGUUGCCCCAUUGCUGGUGAGAUGAUAGGGUCGGGGAACAUGAAUCAGCAUUUAAAGCAGGGUUUCUAAAAAUUAACUAGGUAGGCCAACCUCAGGAUGAGGAAAGUGAAAUUCUGUCUUGUAUCAGCAAGCUUGCAGCCAGUUCUAACUAGAACAGUGUGCAGUUAAGGUUUAACCUUACCCAGCAUUGUGGAAGAGCUGACAUACCUGGGAGAGUGGGACCAUAGAGUCUGCUGGCCAUUCAGUUACACUCUCCAAAAAAUAUGAAGAGAAUAAAUCGCAUAAGGAAAUUUCUCAGAAUUAUUGGAUGUGGGACAGACUGCCUAUCAUUAGAAUCCACUGGAUGCUAACAAGAACCAAUCCCAGCUUCAACUUACACAGACUUAUUGUUUAUUAUAGAACUACAGGAAUAACAUGACUUUAUAAGCAAAUAAGUAGAAAAAAACUCACCUUCAAGGAGCACCAUUUUGAAUUGCACAAAGUUUUUCACCUAAGAAUUUCAAUAUGAUAUGUAAAAAAUUAAGGGAAAUCGGACUUCAUCCCAAGACAUAUUGUACUCUUCUGCUAAAUUUCAUAUGCUAUUUAAUAACUUUCCUCUAAAAAUGGGCAUUUGGAACCCCCCACAUCUAUUAUAAGAAUUUCUACAGGAGAAAGCCCUCUUUAAGGACUUUGAUAUGCACACCAACCCAGAAACAGAGCUUCAACAGGUAAAUCCUAAAAAAAAAAACUUUACAGCUAUGAAUGACUAAUUGAUAACAAUGUAAAUUCUGUGUUGGGUUUAACAGAUUGUUAUGAUCUAUAAUUGUUGAAAAGUGUGGGGAGUUUGCUUUGGGAGGGGACAUCAAAAUAAACAUCCUUAUGAAAAA